CGACCGUUCCCCGAAAACCACACUCCGUCCCACACCUAACCGUCGCGCAAUCCUUGCACUGUUUACCGGCGACUCGUUGCCGCCGCCGCCGCCGCCGCCGCGCCGUCCGUAUUCACUAUUCACAGAUUCGCUGCCCGUAGACGCACGUCGUGCCGGCGCGUCGCGAACAGUCUCGUGUGGCGAUGGUUAAGCCCCUCGAACACGACGUUACCGCGAUAUUAUACGACGACAACGACGACGACGACGACCGUAACGCAAUCCGCAUUGAAAACGCACAGCAAUAGUGUCGUUAAUAUUGAUAACACCGGACCGGGUAAGUGUUGAACGAUACAUAAUACAUUAUUAUAGCCGUAUAUUAUUAUUGAACAAUAACAGUGCGAUCGUCGGCCAACGCGUGUCGUGCGCGCCGUGUGUAAGCACGUCAUUGAAACACGGUCGUUUUAUUUCCGCGAGUCACGUGGGUCCGUGUGUUUACCGUGUUUACCAGCCGCGACCACGUCCGGCGUGUGACGGUAUACCGCUCCGUCGUACCCGUGGUUUUGUUGGAUCUGUUAUCAAUAUUAUUUAUAAUCCGCACAAACCUCGCGUCGAGUUUUUGUUCCUCGGACGGAAAGGAAAUGAAUGUCCCUACGGGCAUUGUAAUUUGUUGUUGUUUAUUGUGGUCGUUGGCACCGGCAGCUGUUGCCGAAACGGACGUUAUCGCCGAUUGAACCCGUGCCCGGUAACUACCACGCGGUCGGCGACGAACCUGGCGCGAAAUUUCGAAAAUCGUGUUUGAACCAUUUUGUUUCCGGCCCCGGUUACACCUACCGGUCUGUAUAAUAAAUAUUAUAAUAUGAUAAUAUUGAGCUGAUUAGCCCCGCGGUUUUCUACUUGUAAAAUAACGGUAUAGUCGAUAUUAUCUACGGCCGAUCGGGCCGCCGUGCCGUGUCUGUGCGCCUAUUUUUAACCGCGUUUUUCGCGUCCCGAACGAUUUUUUUCAAAGGUCAACAUUACUGUUAUUGUAUCGACAAAGUGUUUCGCUUGCGUGUUGACACGUCCAGCACAACGGCGACGUAGGAAAAUAUUGACAAUACUCUCGCGCUCGUCGCGGUAUCGAUUUUGAACACAAUUCGGUCCUGAGUGGUGCGAAAAAGCUAUAUCAGUUUUGAUAAUAUGCGAGUGUCCCUUCUCCACCCCUCCCCCACCCACCGUGGAAAAUAUCAUCUUUGCAAAUUGAGAAAAUUUCGAUUUUUUCACCGCGUACCUUAUUAGAUGCGAAUUUUUUAUCAGUACCUACUAUUAAAAUUUCCCAACAGUUUUUCUAUAAAUCUACAAAAUGUCGACAUGUACGUGGAUUUAAUUUUUGUUGAUUUCCGGGUUACUUUGGCUGUUUUCAAUACACCUUUCAGACUUCACUGCAGUGGCUUAACCAUGGUCUGAAAUAUGACCGGCUUUUUACAUUUCGUUAUUUAAAAUCGAAAUCUGAGAUAAGAGAAGUCGAACUUCUUCAAUUAUUUGUUUGAUUUCGAAAUUGGAAACCAUAAAUUAUUGUUUUGGUGUAGGUAUUUAGGUAUACUAUUCGAUAUUUUAUAAAUGGACAGAAAACCAAUAUUAAUGUUCGAAAACAUGUAUAUUGUUCAUGUACAACAUGUACAUCGAAAUGUAUAUUCGACUUGAAUUAAAUUUAAAAUGUAAACCCAAUACAAAAAAAAAAAAAAUGUAAUAAAAAUAAUGGAACAUAAUAUUGGGAGAAAGAAUAAGUUUUUUCUUAUUGUAAAAAUAUAUUGACAAUCUGUCAUUUGAAUUACAAUAAGCAAAUGUUAACGAAAGGUACGGGAAGAAAGACGGGAUCGAAGAAUUCGCGCCCCAUUGACGGCACCCAUAAAAAUAAUAAGUUACAUUAAAAAAAAAACUUGUCACCCUAUACUGUAAACGGAUAUAAGUGCAAAAAUAAAGACGAACAUUCUAAAAAGUUGAUUAAAAAAAAAUGUAUAUACCUCCCUACGGCUACCUACUAUUUAAUUAUCCGGGUAUAAUAGGUACUAUUCAUUUAUAAAUUACAGAUGUGAAUUUCGCAGGAUGUUUUAAUGCCCGGGUCAACUUUCUCUGGUUAGUAUUUUUGCUAUAAUUAUAUAAUAAAUAGCUACCUACGAGUUCAAUAAGAAUUUUAAUUAAAAUAAACGUAGGAAGAAAGAGGGGAUAGGAAAACCAAAACAGAAUUGGUUGGAUGCGAUUUAAAAUGAUGCGAGGACGACGUCGGGGAUCGGGUCAAGUGGACCUUAGGACAGACUAAAAUGCCAUAAGAAAGAUCCUAUAAAGUGUUUCAUAGGACAGAUAUAUUUCUGGUCAAAAAGUAGUUCACCGACAUAAACAAAAACAUGCACCAUAUUAAAGUCGAGAGUAAAAUCAAUACAUCUACCGCUAUGUUGGGAAUCUCAAAAAUCUAAUAAGAAUGCGGGUAAGAAAGUCUCUUGAAAAAAAUAUAUUAUACUUCUGUUUACCGUCUUCGUCUAGCUUAAUAAAGCAAAAUUACGCGUCGUACAGGAUAUAAAUUGUUUCGUUUGGGUAACAUUUUAAUAUACCUCGGUUAAAACUAUCAGACUUGCGAAGAAAAACAAAAAGUUUCCUCGAUAUUUUUUUUAUCACUUGUUUUAUUUAAAAAAAAAAAUAUAUAACCAUUAGAUUACAAUUGUCUAAAACCAAAUAUGUUCAAUAAGAUUACCAUAUUAAUGGUUUGAAUUUACAAAAAUAGAUUGUUACUGUGUUAUUGUAAUAAUAUUAAAAUGUUAUGAUAACGACAUUUAUGUUUAAUUUGGAAUUGGUCAAUUCGGCACUUUUAGAUUGCAAGCGUAGCAAGGAAUGUAUUGGUUUUACAUUUGUGUUUUUCAGAUAUAUAUAUGUGAACAAUUUUUCUCAGAUCUAUAUAACAGAAAUUUUGCUCCUAUUUUCAAUUUUAUCACUUUUUCUGAAAGGAAAUCUGACUGUGGUGGUACUUAGGAGUGGUAAUUUUUUGAUUUUCCCAGCUGUUUUUAUAGUAAAUGGGCAAAACCGGGAAAAUAGAUAAAAUAAACGUGUUUUGGCCAUGCAGUUUUAUUGGCAACUUGGUUACUACUUUAGUGAACAAACUAUUUUAGCGAUAUUGUUUACUGUAAUUAUUUGAUAGCUGAAUGCACUUUUUGCAACCGAGUUGCUGGAAUCAGCAAACAAUUGAAAACUACGUUUACUUUAACGGUUACUGAUAAUUCACUAUUAAGGACCAACAUUCCAUCCAUUUUAUAUAAUUUUUACGUAUUUUGAUUUUUUUAAAUUAAAAAUAGAAAAACAUAUUCUAAACGACAGAACUCUAAAUGUAUUGUAUUAUCAUAAUUCAGUUAUAGCAUUAUAAUUUUUUAUCGUCAUAACAUAAACAAAAAAUAAUACACAUGAAACAAAACGUUUUGGCGUGUAACCGACCAAGGCUUUAACAAAGCACGCCUAUUCAAUACCAUAAUAUGACACAUUAUAUAUUGUUGACAAAGCAACACUAUUUACGGAACUCCGGUCAGAAUCGUUUUUCAUUAGCAAUGGUUAAUCGUUGCGUACAGAUAUACAUUAAAUUUCCCCUUUACCUUCCCAACUUCUCACCAACAACAGUUGCCCGCCCGCCGUGAGAAGUAUGUCCGUCUUUUUUUGUUUUGAUACUCGUUAACUCGAUUAUUCCUCUCAAAUCGAUUUCGAAAAAUCAAAACUCGCCCAAUUCUAGUAAUAAUACAUUGUCUAAAUAGAACCGCUGUUAUAACAAAAGUCGAUGGCGAUUAAUACCAAAUACCAAAUUUGCCGACUUCAAAAAAUUUUCUUAUUUUGCCCUUCAAUAAUAGUAAUAAUUUUGACGAUAAUAAUAUAAUAUAUGUAAUUUAAGUCAUUAUUAGUUUUCCUAAUUUUAAAAUUAAAUUAUCGAUGAAAUGUCGACACAGCAAUAUAAAUGUACAAGUUUUUGAAAUGUCACAAGCACAACUGUCCAAAAUUCAAGUGAUCUGAGAAUAUAGAAGUUUAAAUUAAAAUAUCCGGCUUCAAUGUUUUUUCGGACAUCAAUUGAAAAUUUCUGAUAACUGCCUUGCUUUUGGAUUUUGUGCUGCAAAUCGUCAUAUUUUAUGGUCGUUGAAAAAUUAAAUCAAUUUUUUAGAAAACAAUUUGAAAUCUUAGAAGAAACGUUUUGAAUAAAUUAGGCAUCUUCUAACGAAUACGAUGUGUAAACCUUAUCGGCUAUUUUUAUUGACCGUAAAAUUGUCACGAGCAUAAAACCGAAAAAAAAUAUAGAUAUUUUUAAAACUAACAAAAAUCAAGGGUAAAUGGUAUUAACGAGGAAAAUAUUGGAAGGAGAACGGAGGAACGUCGUGUUUGUUAUUAUAUAUUGUAUUGAUACUUAUGAUUGUAUAAUUACGAUAAAUCGUAAUUUCUUGACGAGAACUGAUAGCACCGCAAUAAUAAUGCUAUUACAGUGAUAUGCAAAGGUAUCGCGUCGCGUUUAUACGGCGUGACACACGACGGGUUUAUAAUAAUAAAUAAUAAUGUUAUCAAUGCGGAAAGAACGGAUGUAAAGGGUCCGUUGUGGCAUCGUGUAUCCGCACAAAAUGUUCGUAGCGAAUGUUUAUAGUACAUAAAUUAAUGUUUAUAAAAAAGAUAAACCAUUUGUAAGAUCUCAGCCCCGGGGUCCACUAUAGACCUUUAAUCCGGCCUAGAUGUAUAUUGUUUCAGUAAUAGAAACUAUAUUUUUCUGAUCGAAACAAUUUUAAGUAUAACUGCGGCCAAAUAUAAUAUUAUAAUAUUAUAAUAUUCGUGAAUUCGUGCGCGAAACGAAAUAAAAAAUACUUCGCAAACCGAUAUCCAUAACCAAAAUAAAACUGGUACCCGCAAACGUAACCUACACAAAUCUUAACAACCACAUGCCGGACAACAACGUAGUAAAAGCUUAUAAGUAGUAAUAAUGUUAUAUAGAUUGUGAAAUAAUAUUAUAACGAAGAAAACAUAUCAUAAACGUGCGUUGUCUACGACAAUGAAGUACCGUAGGUGUUAAACGAGUUCCUCGUCGAACAAUCAUAUUUUGAUUUGCCGUCUCUGUCUUUUUAUAACGGUCAAUGUUUGCAAACAAUAUUCACGUAAAACAAUGGAGAACGAAAAAAAUCAUUAAAACAGGUAAUACGAUGCAUGAAAUAUAUAGUAGUAACAAAUAAAACUCAUACCUAUUGUAAAAUGUAUUAAUGACAACAUUUUGAAAGAACCUCAUCGGCGGUUUUCUGCAAUAUUGAUUAUUUAAAAAAAAAAAUUUAAUUAAAUAUUUUGAAUUUUAGGUAUGAUAUCAAAUUGAAUAUUUACAAAAUUGAAAAACGUUAACGAAGUUUUUUUCGAAAUGUAGUCAUCUACAAUUGUAGAUAUAUUUUUACGAUGGGAUUGUCAAUCUCUAAAUCCGAUUUUAUGGGCUUUUUCGUUUGUAGAGUACGAGCGUUUUCACGGAUGAAUAUUACGUUUUUGAUCAAUAAUUGGUGAAAAAUUGUCAUGCGUUAUUUACAGUAGUGUUUCCAUCAUGUAGGGUAAACUACAUAUAGUCAUAUACGUCUUAUACUCUCAACAUUUUAUUGAAGAAUCACAGUUUAAAAAAAUUACGUAAGGUUCAUACCACUUAUGCCAUGAAAUAAUAAUACAAAUUGUAUUUAUUUCAGUAAUUACAACAAAAAAUUCAAAAUUUUCUUACAAUUCAUAAAGUACUUUUUAUAAAAAAAAAAAAAAAAAAUACUGAUCGUCGUUUAAGUAAUUUUAAUUUAUAUAUUGUUCAAUCUAUAUACAUAAAAUCCAAAUACCACUGACUCACUAAUCGCUGUAUCAAAAAAUACUCAACAUACGCACUAGAAAUUUGGAAUAGUGGUUCCUCUAAUACUUUUACCGUGCAAUAAGAAAGGAUUUUUGAAAAUUCAUCCCUGAGGAGGUAAAAUAGGGUUUUUUUUGGUACGAAUACCUAAUUACUUAUUUUUUUGUUUAUUUACCUUGGUGUUACGGAAAAGAAAACUAUUAUUAUUAUUAUUAUUAUUACUACUAUUAUUUGCACUAUUAAGAUUUCACGACAGAACACAUUUAGUCCGCCGAAAGUGGACUACCCACUUUCCACCUAUUUUUUUACAUUCAAUUCUGACACGGACAACGCCAGGCGCGGGACAGCUAGUUUAUAUAAUAUAUCCCUAUAAAACAGUAUAAACCAUAAGAAAGUAAUAAAAUAUCCCAUGUAAGACACAUGGUGUUAAAGUAUACUCUCACAAAAAUGUAUAGGAACACCGCUGCUUGUUUAUAAAGUCUAUUUACGAUUUAAAAUUUGCUAGGUUCAAAAUAAAUUCAAAUGUAAUUUGGUGAUUAUCGAGAAAUUUUCAAAAAUAAUUUAAAAAUUUAAAUCGAACGUUAGGAAAUAUGUUUAAUUCCCUACUACAACUUAUUGAUCUAAAACGUAUGAAAAAUAUGUUUUUUCAUCAAGGGGCGCUUUAGCCCCCUUAAUAUAAAAUCAAAUUAAUGUAAAAACGUAUAGUAAAUAUUUUCAUCUUUAAUUUAGUGAAAAUGAUUUUGUUGCAAGUCUAUUGUAAAACCAAAAUACCUUUAAAACUCUAAAAAUAAUUUUUGCUAUAAAGUUGAAUAUAGACAGCAAAUACGACUAUGACCAAAAACAAUAAUUAUUUCACCAAAUUAAAAACGACAAUAUUUACUAUGGUUUUUUACGGGAAUUUUUAAUUUUCGAGUAUGAAUAAAUUGUACGGGAAUUGGAUAUCGAAAAUCCAUCUAUGAAAAAAUAUUUAAUUUAGUCGCUUAUAAGUCUGUGAAAUAAUAUUUAUCCUUAAGUUGAUUGGUCGAUGAUAGUCCAUGCGUGGUAGCCUAUUUUCGAAUCGAUCCAAAUUUAAUCUUUAUCGAUUGAAAAUCGAAAGUUGAUACAUAUUCUUUCAUAUUAAUUGAUGUCGAUCAACUUUUGAUUCAUUUUUAUUAUUUUUAAUUAAAAACGAUAUUUAAUUAAUUUGAGAAUUAGGUUUCUGGAUACUGUUGGAUAUACGAAAACGCAUUAUAUUUGCUAUUUCGCCUGUUAGAAAGACAUACAUGAAAUGCUUCUUAUCUGGACGUGAGUUACGCAGUUCUAUUAUCAAAAGUGGAAAAAAUCUUACUAAUCGUAAAAAGCAUAUCUCUGUUAAUGAUGAAGAUCUAAAUAUAGUAGUAAUUAGGGAUGAUAGUUUCAAAGUACUUUCUAAAAUCUGUGCACAAUUGGAUGAACUAGUGUUAUACUUAAAUGUUCAUAAUUAUGUUUUCGAUGUUAUAGUCUUAAGUGAAACAUGGUUAUUAUAUGAUUUCAAUUUUAAUUGUAGUGGAUAUUUUAAUGUGAACUCUACUGGUAUGCUCAAUAAAAGUGAUGGCGUUUCUAUGUUUAUUAAAAAUGAUAUAUCCGUUUCGAAUGUAAAUACAAAUAAUAUUAAUAAUUGUAAUGGUUUAGAACUAACUUUAUUUACUAGACAUAAAUAAUUUACAGUUUUUUGGAAUUUACAAUUUAAUACAAUUUAAUUUAUAUUUAUCUAAAUUUAAUAAUAAAGAAUUAAACAACCUGUAAUUAUCUGUAGAGAUUUUAAUAUUAAUAUCUUAAACAAUAAUUUUAAGAUUGUUGAUUAUCUGAAUUUGUUAGCUGGCCAUAGUUUUCUAUCAUGCAUAAAUAAUUUUACUAGAAUGAAACUAAUAAUAAUAAUUCGGCCACUUGUAUCGACCAUAUUUUUGUAAAAAAUAUCUUAGUUGACAAUAUUGAUCCUAUUUUACUAAAAUGUGGCAUUAUUGAUCACUUUGCUACUAUUAUUGACAUAAAUGAUAAGAAUAUUAGUUUUAACAAUGUUAAUAAUAAUCGUAAACAAUAUAAAAAAAUCGAAUCCAGUUAAAUUCAAAAUUCAAAACUGAAAAUAAUUUUUCGACCUAAUAAAUGCCUCCAUUUAAAUUCAAAAUUUCUGCAAUUUCGUUCAUUGUUUCACUCAUUCGCUGUUGUUCGUCAUAGUUCGAACUGAGAUAGUACAUCGCAUUCUCUUGAACGCAUAAAUACAUAACAGUGUACUCAUUGUUCACGUGUAUAUCGUAUAUUUUCAUUUCUAUAAAAUCGGAAUAUAGGAUAAUAAUAUGUUAAUCGUGUCCCCCUGUACAGUAUUCGUUCGGUUUUAUAACACUUUAUAAUAUGUAACGUCCAUAGGUCAUUGGAUCUUUUGUUUUAUCUACUAAUAGCCUAUUAUAAAAACAAUCAUAUUAUGUGCCAAUACCUAUACAUUAUUUAGUAUGCAUUAUAGUUCCUUCAGUGCGAUUGUGCAUUGAGUUUGGUAUUGUUCUCGGCGAGUCGGAUUACUCAAUACUGCAAUUUUUUGUCUAGAUUUUUACCCUCUCUUAUUAUUCUUUCUAGCUAUGAAUUGAUUGAAAAUAAUACGUUAGAAUUUCGACUCUGUUUAAUAAAGCUGCACUGUAAGGAAAAAAAUCGUACCUAUAAUAUAAUUAUAGCAGUUUCCAAAAACUUGAAAUGAAAGAAAUCACCGUGGUAAGUAUUGCAUUAUAAUAUUCAACUAUUAUACGGACGUAAUACCUAUACAAUUUGAGCCAAGUUUUUGAAAAAUCGUUGAAACUAUCUAUAUAGGUAUCGGAAAUAUUAUAUUAUAUAGUCGUUUUGCAAUAUUUCGUAUAUUUUAUAAACAUUAAUUUGUCAAAAGUAGAGAUUUUCCGGGGUACCUGGCCAACGAAUAAUAACCGGAUGGUCCCUACCAUAUUCAGUACCAGACUAUUACUCGGUAACCGGCCCACUAUCUAAUUGAACAAAAUAAAAAAUAAUUAAUUGAUUAUUCGCACAAGGUGUUACUCUUUUUACAUUUUCUUUCUUCAACACUUAAAUCUUGACUAUAACAAAAUUACACAAUGCCAAGAGUCUCGGCUUUAAUUGAUAUUAUUAUAGUUUACUGGUCUGUAUUUGAGACAGAGUUCGAUAGACAUUAUUACUCGACUAAAACUCGGUACCUGAUCUGUUAAUAAAUAGGUAAUCUAACCGGACUAUCUCUAGUUGAAAGGCCAUACAACAUAUGUCUAAUUUUCCCAAGUUACAACAGAAUAAAUAAAUGCAACUAAAAGGCUUUGUGAAAGGAACGUGAUUAAAAAAAAAAAAACUAAUUAUAAUCAUAAACGUAUCCAUAAAAACAUCUUGUACUGUAUCGGAAACUGCAAUAUGUGGGCCAUUCGUCGAUUUUUGGAUGUCAUGACCUAUAAAAAAAUUAUGAGAUUAUUAAUAUAAUUAUUUACAUUGUAUUUUUAUAAUAUAUUAUUAUAUUAAGAUCAAUUUUAUAAAUUGAAUUGAUAAAAAAUUCAAUUAUUUUCCGAAAAUCAUUCAACUAAUAAUCACCAGACGUGUUUUAAUAGACAAAAGUGGUGUACAUUAUAAUCUGCUGCUUCUGAACAAUUAAUAUUUCAGUGAGAAGUUUGCUUAAAAGGAUAGUAGAAAUUGUUUUUCUCCGGCACAGAAAAAUGUACAUAAUAUUAAAAAAUAAUUAUCCUCUGUAAUUAUCGGCAUCUCGAAUUGUAACAAAUACGUAUAUUCGAACAACAUGAACAACAUUAAGUACUAUAUUACACUUACGUAUACAUAUAGAAUAUUAUGAUUUAAAAAUGUAGUAAAUUUGUUAUUAACACAUUGACGGACACUCGUAGUAUAUAAUUUUUAUUGUUAUAUCAAUAGUGCUAUACCUACAUCCAAAAUCUAUGUAAAUUAUCAGUGUGGACUGUCGUAAUGUGGUAGUCCACUGUCUUCUAUAAUUUAAUAACAUUGGAAAGAUUACUGCUUCGGUAGUAUUGACGCAAUAUGACAUCUUACAUAUUACUGCUAUAGCAAUAAUGUCCGUCAAUGUGUUUACCUAAUCUUAUAUGCGCGAUUAGUCGUUAAAAUACUUAAAAUUUGCGCUGUGUGUAACGUUAUUGUAAUAUCUAAUAUACCUAAUAAAAGGCUUUAUACUAACCUAAUUCACGUUUAUUAAUAAUAAAUCUGGACUUUAAACUCGAUUUAAAAUUUAAAAAAAAUACGUUUACAAACAAGUCGUUUGUCCAUAGUUUUUCAUUAAAAUAUAAGGGUUGAGAAGAUGAGAAAAAUAUUAUGUAGCUAAAGUAAACACUGCUAUAAAAGCUAUAACUAUUCGCUGGCAGAAUGUUUGAAAAAAUACAUAUUAUAUGUUAGCAGACAUUUUCUAAAAAAAAAAUACUACUUCAAACGCAUUAUACAUAGUUCAAAACGGUUAAUAAUUUUUACUCAUAAACGGCUCGAAAUUCGGUUCUCUAGCUAUACGUGUAUGCUGGCAGAUAUUUCUCUCGGUAGAUUGAGUGAGAAAUUUCACAUCAUCGAAACCUGGUUUGCAUAUACUAUAUUUUUUCAAUUCACUAUAUUCAUAUGGUACCGAAAGUAAUGUAAUUUUCUAUCGUCUUCUACAGCGCCCACUUUCAAUACUUGUUAGUAUUAGUUAUAGUUAUAGUUAUAGUAUAGUUAAUAGUUAUGUUGUCAUGGAAACGCACAUUGUUGUAAUCAUUUUACUAUGAUAUGAUAUAUACCAUAUAUUGUAUUGUUGACAAAUCAACACUAUCUACUCAGAAUCGUUUUUUCGUUAGCAAUGGUUUAUCGUUGCGUUACAGAUAUACAUUAAAUUCCCGUUUGUAUCCAAAUUUCCACCUACAACAGUAGCUGCAUCCACAUGCGAAGUAUUUUAUAUAUAUUUUUAAAUAAUAUGUUACUAUUAGAGACAAAUUAAAACAAACAAAGUAUAUUUCUCCGUAAAUCAAAUACUCAAGUAUACUGAGUUUAAUGAUAGUUUAAAGAAAAAAAUUAAUUAUACCUCUUUAUACUUCAUUUUUUAAAAUUUGUAUCAAAUCUAUAUUUAUCAGAUAAUGUUCAACGAACUUUUUUCUCAAAAAAAAAAAAAUACACCUACGGUCUUCAGUAAUUUAUUUACAAUAGGUACAAUAUUAUGGUAUGGUAAAAAAUAAGGAGGAAAAUGAGUUAUUCAACAGCUAAUCAAAAUAUUUACAAUGAUAUACACGUCCAAACCUAUGAAUUACCUUCCUGCAUUUAUAUAAAAUAGUACCUAAUAAAAAUUAUUGGUAAAUAUCUACGUAAGAAAAAUAAAAAAUAUGAUAGGGUCGCUUUAACUACUUUCAUGGGUAUCAAAUAUACGAAGCAAAAUUGUUGGCUUUCCACAAUAACAAAAUAUGUAAAUUCCAAACACUGAUAUCAGUAGAUUUAAUAAUUAUACAGAAUGGUUAUUUUAUCACGAACCCACGAUUAUCUGUACGAACUAUUUGAAAAAAUGUAUAGAAAAAUAUUCUCUUCUCGAAUCUAAUAUUUUGUGUUCCCGUGAUUCUUGUGGCGUGCGCAGGGGUGGGGCUGUCUAGGGAAUCCACCUUCCUUAUUGAUUUAAAAAUGAAAAACAACUCUGAGUAUUUGAUUAGAAGUAAUUUUAUAUUGAAAUUAUAUGUUUUAGCCAAGUUAAAACAAAAAUAAAUUUAAUGAAUUGAAUAAAAAUUGGUUUUUUUUGGUGCCAACAUUUAAAUAAAAUUCUCACCGUCGGGUUCUACGAUUUAUUAUUUAGUGCAUCCCCUCCCAUUGAAAAUUCCCAAGCAUGCUACUGCGUGGUUCUAUAAAUAAGACUAAAAAAAAAAUUAACUCGAAAUCUUUAUUGACAAUUUAUUCGUGGUUAAAUAAUCAUCCUGUAUACCUACUUCGUAUUUAAUAUUAUUUUGCAUAAAACCAUUGAUAUAAUAGUUAUACUUUUUUAUUAUACAUGUUGUUGCAAAAAGUGUUUCAAUUAAUGUUCCACAGAUAAAUGCAUUUUUUUUUAUGAUAAAAAUAAAACGACUAAAUGAGUUUAACUUUGUAUCAAUAAAACAAACAUUAAUUUAAUUAACUUGUGUAUCGCGUAAAUCAAAUUACUUUUUGACAUUUAUCUGCAACCCAUCAAAAUGGAAAUUCUCCAUUGUACACUGACGAAGUCAAUUAAAACUUAAAAAUGUAUUUUUUACAGUUAGAACGUCAUUUUGGCCUUUAUACUUUUCUUUCUGUAGAUUUUGAGAACAAUGGAUACAAGUUAAUGUAUGUUUGACUAUUAUAGCAUGGGAUUAUUUAUCUAUUUUUUUUUUUUUUCAGAAAAUGAAUACAGCUGCACCAGAAAAUGGCAAAACUGCCAUUUCCGCUGACUCGAAUUCCGAAGAAAAGGGAGAUAGAGUCAGACUCAAAAAACAACUUGGUCUCCUCGAAGGCGUUGCCAUUAUACUGGGCAUCAUAUUCGGAUCCGGUAAGUAAUUAGAUAAAAAUUAUACGAUAAUACAAAUAUUUGAGAUCAUACAGCUAAACAUAUCUCUCUCAGUUUAUGUCAAUCGUCUGCUACCUCCCUCCAGUUUGAAUUUCUAUGCUCGACUUCUGUGAAGUUGUUGACGUAAUCUUCCCAAUAUUGAAGUCGCGGUCUUCCAAGUGAUAGUCUUUUGACUCUCAGAUUUUCAAGUGUUCCUCCAUCAUGACAUUAUCGGAUUAUCUUAAUUUUUUUGUAUUUGAUCCGUAGUAGUAACCGAAUGAUGGGCUUGCAAUAACGCAAUGUCUUUAAUACACCUCAUAAUCGAAUUAUAUUAGCAAUUAUUGUUCCAUUGAACUUAUUACAGUAUUAUAUCCCUGCAGCAGUUAGCACAUAAUUGUUAUUUGAUAUAAAUAUUUAAUAUAAUCAAUUUUUAUUCGUAAAAGCUUUUGCUCAUUUAACUCCGAUAUUUUACUAAUCAAUCAUAUACUUUAUCAGAGUAUCCUAAAUUGCACAUACGAGUCCUUUAAUAUGUAUAAUGGGUACCCGACACUAAUUUAAAAUAAUUAUUAUUAUUCGUUUUAAAAAUAUUUAAUAACUUGUAAUUUGCAUGUUAUUUUAAUCGCGUAAAACCAUUUAUAUUUUUCGAAUACUUAAGCCACUUGCCAACAUUUACUCUUUACGAUAAUUUCAUAUAUACCUAAAUUUCUUUAGGCCUUUACAACAGUCCAUCAUUUUCUUGUCUGUGAGAUUUACAUUCCGUAAUUUUACAGUCCGUACAGUCCAAAUAUACAUACAAACUGCGCACUAUACAUGGUAUACACAUUUUAUGAUACAAAUUUAAUUCAAGUUUCUUUCAAUAAAUAUGAACAUUCUGUGUGUAUCUUCGAAGUUUAUACUAUUAGCUACCACCAAAUAAAAAUAUAUUUUUUAAAUAUAUAGUUACCAGAAAAUUGGCCAUAUAUUAUACAGGCAAUGAAGAAAGAAGAUAAUGGCAAUAUUAGAGCAGCUCUAAUAGAGUGUGGAAGCUUCAGAUAUCCCACGAUAAACUCAGGAAAAGAGGGAUCAACGUUUUUGUAGAGGUUAAAAUCCAGGAGUGAAGACUGAAAAAACUAAAGAGACGUGAUCAUGAUCGGGAUAAAUGGCGUUAUGUGUUUUUGGCAGCGUAAACUCUUAAGAGAGUUGUUAAGGCCUGAAUAUAGGCCUAUAGGUCUUAGAUAUAUAUGCAAUUAACGUAAAAAGUAAAUGUUUAACAAGUGGCUUAAAUAUUCGAAAAAUAUAAAUGGUUUUACGAGAUUAAAAUAACAUGCAAAUUACGAAUUGUUAAAUAUUUUUAAAACGAAUAAUAAUUAUUAUUUUAAAUUAGUGUCGGGUCCCUAUUAUGGGUCCUAUUAUGCAUAUUAAAGGACUCGUGCGUGCAAUUUAGAAUACUCCGAUAAAAUAUAUGAUUGAUUAGUAAAAUAUCGGAGUUAAAUGAACAAAAGCUUUUAAGAAUAAAAAUUGAUUAUAUUAUAUAUCUUAUAUCAAAUAACAAUUAUGUGCUAACUGCUCUAUAACUGCUGGGAUAUAAUACCGUAAUAAGUUCAAUGGGAAGAAUAGAGAAUAUUUUUUUAGAAUUUUUAAUAUGCAUAACACUUUUAUCAGAUUUACCGUUUAUAAGUUAUAACCGUUUAAAGUUUAAACUGAAGGAGUAGGGAAAGGUAAUAAAUUGCAUGAUGCACUUUGGUAAAUCUGUUAUUAAUGUUAUGCACAAAGUUCUAGAAAAAUAUUUUCUGUUCAAAUCUGUGUUCAAAGAGGGAAGGGGGGCUUUCUAUUUGAAAAACAAAAGUGUAUACUUAUUUAAGGUACAUGCAGUAGUGGUAAAAAAUUAAAAAUGGUUUAAAAACGAAGCUUCUCCAACCUCUAACCUAAACUUAAAAGUGGAAUUUCUCGUCAACGGAUCGACGGAAAUCAAAAAUUUCAACACCGAAAUUUAUUUUAACUAAUACUCCAUCUAUUUAUGGGAUUUUCAAUAUAGAUUCUCAUUUAAAAACCCAAAGUUGAUAUCGCCACAGGAUACUCCUUAAAUGUUGUGAAAAAUCCGAGUAUUCGAAAAUAUCGGCUUGAACUACGCUUAAAAAUUUCAAAAAUCAGAAUUUUGAAAGAAGUCAAUUCAUUUCUUGAAAUAAUGAGUGUUUCACGGUAAAACAUUUAAAUGGAUUACGGGUAUAUACAUUAUAAUACGAAAUCUCAUAAUAGUUGUAUUAUUAAAAUCGAGAUUUAAAUGAAUUUUUAAUUGAUUUUUUUCUUAAGUUUUAAAAUUUUUAAAUGCAUAUUUUAAUGCUCGUUUCGUCAAUUGGUAGUGUAUGCAUAAUAUUGCAUAUUAUUCACAUUUUUAAUCGUUUUUCCUUUUCAGUAUAUUAAUUAAAUUCGCCGUCUCGCGAUUAUCAAUAUGUAAUAUAAAGGUCAUACGGCAAACGUUGAGGCGUUAAUUAUCAAUAUUACUUUAUAAUUUGCUUUUAUACACGCAGUGAUAAGUACGCAUUCGUUAACUAUCUCGGAGUAGUUUAAACCCGCGACAGUACGAAAUGUCUCGAGUUAAUCCGACUUGGGCAAAAACUGUUUUUAAUAUUUUUUCUAUAAUAGCCAAUUCGGCUCGAACUCUAAUUCAUAUUCCACUACUUACAAUUUAGAUUUCCCGUUGUAUAGUAGAUAAACAUUAUUAUGUUCUUACUCGAACGUUUGUUAGAUUCGAGAAAAAACGUUAUACACCGCACUAUUAUACAUUAUUAUUUUGAUAUAUAUAUACAUAUAUAUAUAAUAUUAUAUUAUAAACCAGAUAGCGUGGCUGCUGCCGACAUUCCUAAAUCAGACCCGUAUCUUUAGACGAUUUCCUUAUUUUGAAUAUUGUCCAUACCGACAAAAUAUUAUUAGCCUUGAGGUGUAAUUGGACUUAAAUUAUCCGAGAAUUAAGAAGUAAAACGAAUAGUCAAACAUACGAGUAUAACAGGAAGGGAAGUUGGACGAUGUUUAUUUGUCGUGGUCACUUUUAUUCAAUUUUGUAUACAAACAUACAAAUAUUAUUAAUUACUCGUAUGAGUAUAAACAUGUAGUAGAAAUAAUCAAAUCGUGGCACCCAAUCCUUUUACUGUACGGUAGAGGACAUACUCGCAAGGAGAAAGAUGAGAGAAUAAAAUGCGACAAAAUGCCGGUGCCGUGCCGUGUAGCAGCCGUCUACUGCCACUACGGUGUAUGACAUGACGGAAUAAGCUCAGUGGCGUACAUGACUAAACGCAUGUUUUCACAUUAUAGGAUUUCGGAUUUUCGAUGUACGUAAAAAAAAAACUAAAUAUAAAUCAAUUUUAAUUUUCUGGUUUUUCUCAAUUAUUAUAAAAACUACUUUAGAUAUCAAAAAACGACUCUUGGAUAUAUUAAAAGGAAAAAAGCAAUAAUCUCUUGUUAUUUUUCGAUUGGAGCAAUAUGUCUAGUGGAUAUCAUAAUUAAAGUUUCCAAAAAUUAAAAACAAUUAAAAUCGGUAACGUCGCAGCGCGCCGUAAAUAAAUUUUGUUUAAAAACUAAUUUAUAAUAUCUUAGCUAUUAUUUUGGAUAGUAAAAAAACGUUUAACAGACGUUCUAAAUUUUUUAUUUUAGUUGUCAAGUAUUUAAAACGAGAAUAUUUUUCUGGAGUAUAAUAUAUUUACCCCCCGAUAAAUGGCCAUGGUCAUUAGUAAACGAGCAGUUCACUAACACAUUUUACAAGUGUUGAGACAAUCCGGAUACUCUCAAAUACGGACAAAUCCUGAUUAGGAUAUCUAAAACGUGCUAUCGGGAAUUUUAUUAUACUAAUGAGUUUUUCAACUUAUUGUUACAACAUUAAUUAGACGAAAAUAAGUUUUCUUAAAUGUUAUAUUAAUACCCGGGUAUGUAUUGCAGUUACAAAAUGUGACGACUGCGACAAAGGAAACGUUGUUUUGUGUGUAUUAUCACAAAAUCUCGGGCAAAAUCUAGUGUUAACGACGUAUACGAUGUUAUGACAUAUGCGUAGGAAGGUAGAUAUAUAUGUUGAUAGCUACGAACAAUACACUGGUUUCACGUCAUGUCUGUUAAAACAUAAUACUUUAACCUUUAACCAAAUUGCAACAAAAUCUAUUGCUAUUAUACCUGCGGAUUUGCUGAAUUUACUAUUUCCUUCUUCCCUCGCGGUAAACACGAAGAAAACACGUUUUUAGACGGUGCAUCGUCGCCGGACAAAUUGGGAUUCACAUCACGCGUCCAUUAUUUUUUAAACGAAUGAAAUUUAAUUUACCUCUCAAUAAUGAUGAGCGACCAUACGUACUCAACUAAAAAACAAAAACGGUCACCGUCCGCCGCAUCAAUCCAAACGACGUCAGGUUUUCGGAUGGUUUCGUAAAAUCCUCGACUUCAGUAACGCGCUUGCAAUAAACUAAAUACUUGAUUAGGUAGGGCUUUUUUCGUGCAGCUUGAUACGGGGCGUUUAUAAGCGUCAAACCUAUUUAAAUAAUGUCAUUUCAAUUUUAAACCUAUAAUGGUUUAUACGUUUUAGUAUUUCAAAUUUAUAAUACGAUUUAAAUACAGUGCUUUCUUUACCCAUGUAACAUAACUCAAAAAAAAAAAAAAAAGGUUUAAUUAUAAUAUGAUACGACUACAGCUGUACAAUAAUAAUAUGCUUAAAAAAUAUACAUACUUAGUUUAAAAACAAUAUAAUUAAUAUUAGAAUUGAGAUGGCUGGAUUGAAAACUCACAUGUUACAAAAAAUGGGAAAAUGAGUUAGCAGCACCGUUUUUUAGGGUUUUUAAGGUGAAUCCGAUUCGGUAAACAGUUCGAAAUCUCACAAAGCACGAGUACAGGUUUACAUUUGACUGGAAAUUAUAAAACUUUUAUAAUUUCCAAAAACUUUUUACGGUAGUUUUGAUAUUUUUAGCGUAUAUUACAUUAGAAAAAUGUUUUUUUAGAUAUUUUCGUUGUACUUACAGGAAAUUCCUUUCAUACUUUUCAUUUCCAUACUAUUUUUGGAACAUAUUUUUCGUUUAGUAAAUAUACUCAUUUUCUAAGUCGCUUUGUUGUAUUUUAAAUUUUUUUUUUCCAUGUAAGGUUUAACUAUUUUUUUUUUCUUUUUUUUUUAUCUGAUAGUUCAUCAGUAUUUGACAUUUAUUAAUGAUAUCAUAAUGGUAAUAAACUUAUAACAUGUAUAGCAGAGUCGACAAUUUGACUUAGUAGAGUAAUUAGAUCAUCUAUAUUACAUUUACCGACAUUAAAUUUGCAGAAAAUUAUUCCGCGUCAUUUUCAAUCUUCGUAAAUAGUUUACUUAAGUUGCUAUUUUGAAAUUCGAAAUUCGAUAUCUAUUAAAACUGUAUGGGUCGCAGUAGACAUUUUCUUGUAAACAAAAAAAAAAAAAACAAAGAAAAUCAAAAAUGAUAAAAACUAUCUAUCAGAUAAAAAUGCAGUUCGGCCAAUUUAUUAAAACGAUAAAAAUACUAAUACUGCCUGUGAAUUAAAUGGCUUCUUCACUAACAUUUGUUUUUAUCUAUCCGUCUUGCGUAAAUAUAAUGUAGUAACAAAAGCAUUCUGCAUUUCCGUUUGGCACGACCACGGCCACAACCCCCGAUUCUCAGGACUAAUGCUUCAUUUUAUAUGAAUACAUUUAUAUAUAUUCAGGAAAGAAGGGUUUAAGACAAUUUAUAGCAUUUUAUUUCUAUUGUCUAAAAUACACAAAAUCAACUUUGGCCCAUUCUUCCCCGGUACCAAAGACAUGGUGUCGACGUAUUAGUCGGACAUUUCCGAUCGGUACGCUAACAUUUUCUUGAUAAUAAUAUAAUUGUGCCCUGUGUUAUUGCACAGGUAUAUUCAUCUCGCCAUCGGGCGUGAUGAACGAGGCCGGAUCAGUGGGCCUGAGCCUGACCAUAUGGUUCAUGUGCGGCAUGCUUUCCAUGAUCGGCGCCCUGUGCUACGCCGAGUUAGGCACGUCCAUACCGCGGUCGGGCGGCGACUACACGUAUCUGUUCGAGGGAUACGGGCCGUUGCCCGCGUUCCUCUACCUGUGGGACGCCAUGCUCGUGUUCGUGUAAGUAUGAUUUUUUUUUUUUUCAAUUAUUAUUAUUUCGAAAGAGCUUUUAUUGUAAUUAAUUAAAAAUUAUUAUUAUUAUUAGGUAGGCAUUAAAAAAGUGUUUAUAGCGAUUAUCUGAAUUGGCCAUUUUCUUACGUGUACGGGAUAAUUAUUUUAUCGUGAAACACUCAUUAUUUCAAAAAAGUAAUUGACUUUUUUCAAAUUCUGAUUUUUUGAAUUUUUAAGUGUAGUUCAAGCCGAUAUUUUCGAAUACUCGGAUUUUUCACAACAUUUAAGGAGUAUCCUGUGGCGAGACCAACUUUGGGUUUUUAAACGAGAACCUGUAUUGAAAAUUUCAUAAAUAUAUGGAGUAUUACUUAAAAUAAAUAUUGGAGUUAACAUUUUUGAAUUCCGUCGACCUGUUAACGAGAUAUUCCACUUUUAAGUUUAGGUAGGGGUAGAGUAGUGGAGAACUAAUAAAAUGCCGCAUGCCGCGCCUCCACGCAAAUGAUAUUUCUCCAAAGUGGAAUAUCUCGUCAACGGGUUAACGGAAAUCGAGAAUUUCACCAUCAAAAUGUAAACCAAAUUAUAACUAAACUAUUUAAACUAAUAUUUACUCCAACUAUUUAUUUAAUUUUCACUAUAAGUUGCUGUUUGGAAAUCUAAAAUUAAAAGGAAAACAACAAUAUAAAUGAAUGUACUUGGAAAGAAAAAGAGAGAAACAACUUUUAUUUAAACCUAACAGCUCCGGCUUGCCACUCCGGAUCCUCCCAAACCUCCGUGGCUCCUAAAUAGCUAAAAUAGGGUCUGUAGCUGUAGAGUAUUAUAACCAUACACAAUUGGAAAGAUUACCUGCGACUUGUGAGUGUUUGUUCAGUAGUGUACAUCUUGCAGCCAAGUUACGAUAAAAAGUUUGAUGUACCUAUUAUAAAAUAAAUAAGAAUUAACUUUCUUGAAUUUCGAUUUUAAAUUUCCAUUGUAGGAUUUUAAAAAUUCUGCGAUUUAUUCAUGAUUUUAUUAUUUAUAUCGCUCCCAUUGAACAUUUCUGAGCACACCACUUACAGGGCUAAUGAAUUGCCACUGAAGUGUAUACACUGCAGUUUAAAAAUAAAUAUUAAGAGUUAAAAUAUAGAGCUAACGAUAAUAUUUCGAAGGAGAUCUAGGUAACUAUUCACAAUAAUGAAAGAGGUUUUCUUUCUGAUUUACGUAAACAUGUUUUUUUAACAAAUGUCUUCACGAUUACAUUAUAAAUACUCAGUACAACGAGGCCUAUUAUACCUGUACAUGUAGUAUUUUUAUUUUUAUUUUAUAAGAGUUUUAAAAUCAAAUUUUGACGAAAAUCGUAAAUAUUAUAUGGCCUUUCAAAAACAUGUAUAAUCGAACUUCGCUCCAAAUCGUUUUUUCGUUAUCAAUGGUUUAUCGUUGGUUACAGGUAUGAAUUGAAUAAUAAUUUAUGUAUCUCACCUUCCCAACUACCCACUUACAACAGUGGCCGGACCCGUCCCCAGUAUCAGCUCUUUUUUUUUAAAAAUUUUAUUUGGAUAUUAUUGAAUUGAUAUAUUUUAAUUUAUUAUUAUUAUUAUUAUUUUUAAAUUUUAUAAAAAUCACAUAUAAGCCCUUAAAUUAAGUGCACGCGACGUGUCGUCCAAAGCUCUAUGUCGCGGGUCGACUCGAUGGCGCCGGAUUACUUAUAUUAUACUUAAACCCUGACAGCGGUUGUCAGAAUUUUAGAUAACCAAAAUAAUAUUCCUUAUAUUAAUUGUAUUUAAGUACCUAUCUAUAAGAAUUAAUCACAGAUAUACGAUACCAUCAUAGGAUGUUAUACAUAUCUUGCAUUACUAUUAUUUGUUUAAUAAUGUAAAUAUCAAUAUGUUAAAAGUUCAUUCUCUUUUUUGUCUAAAUAAUAAACACUUGUGAUCAAAAAAAUGAUGAAAUUGGAUCAUACAAAUAUUUGAGGUGAGAGCUAAUAACCGAGACCCCCGAAAGAUGUUAACGCUAUGCAUACACAAAAUUUCAUUCUCCUGGCUUCAUUUGGAAAAUCUGUAGCGACGUAUAGAGCUUAAAGAAACCUUCCACCCGCAAUAAUAUGGUUAAAUUCAACCCAAACUUAGGCCCAUUUGGUCCUAAGCGUGAAAAAGACGCAGUGCAAUAUUGCCUAUAUAUUCAGGACAAUUCGACAGUUAUAAUGUGUAAACUAACAAGUAAAAAAUAUUAUACAAUUUCACAUUAAACUUUUAUCUAUUUUGCGUACACAAUAAACAUGUUUUUUUUUUUUUUUUUUAUCACCGAAAAUCAUUGUCUUUUUAUAACAAACGCGUUUUGAUUUAGUUUCGCUCUUGUUGUUUGCAUACAGGCCGACCACCAAUGCGAUCAUGGGACUGACGUUUGCCAAUUAUGUGAUCAAGCCGUUCUUCCCGGACUGCGACAACCCAGAUCAAGCAGUCAGACUCCUAGCGGCUGCCGUCAUUUGUAAUAAUAAUAAAAAAAUAAACCGUAACCACGGGACUGUGAACUCGAUACGCCAAAAAUAUUGACUGUGAAAAAAAAACCCCAAAAUGGGAAAAACAUCGAAAAUGGUACCUGCUAAAAUGUAUAGGGAAAUUGAACCCUCAUUAAAAUCGCCCUUAGGAAUGUCGUAUAGUUCACAGCCCUUAGCUCGUCGUCGUACCAUUCUUGUUCGUUGGACUUAUUGUCGCAUUAUACUGUUUAGGUUUCAUAACUUUCAUAAACUGUUGGAACGUCAAGGCCACCACUAACGUACAAAACGUGUUCAUGUUUACCAAAAUAUCGGCUCUGGUGUUGAUCAUCGCAUGCGGCGGUGUUUACCUGUUGAUGAGUCAGUAUACAAUUCGAUUAUUAUUAUUUGUUUUUUUUUUUUUUUAUAUAUAUAUAUAUAUAGAAAUAAAUAAAUAAAUAAGCGAAAAUUGAUUUUAGUGAUGGUCGUUGGUAAUUUAUGAUAAUAAUUAAGGACAGAAGCAAAAUUCAACAGUAUAUAAUGUGUAUGCAUUAAAAAAAAAAACUGAUACUUCUGAUGGGUGUGCUACUGUUGUUAUGUGUAAAGUUGGAGAGAUAGCGCGGUCUGGACAAGAUUCGCUUUUAGAAAAGACGCGAAAAGAGUUAAUGAUCGAAACAAGAUUUCUGGCAGAAAAAUUGUUUACAGACGGAAAAAUAAAUAUCAUACUAAAACCAAUGCAUUUAUAAUCAAUUCUCGAGUCCAUUAAUUAUUGUAAUAUCGAAUGUACCUAUAUGUUACUCGACUCGGCUGAAUGGAAAUUCAGGUUCGGCUAACACCAAUAUACGAUUUUGUUAUACACAUUAAUUUGCCUUCUCCCGCCGCCAUAAUCUAACAAAUAUACUUAUAUUAUCGUUAAUUGUCCGUGAUUUAUUUCGUUCUUGUCCCACAGACGGAUUUUCAAAGUUUUCUAAUCCGUGGCAAGGAUCGGUCACGGACCCCGGAAGGCUGGCCGUGUCCGUUUAUUCCGGAAUUUACUCGUAUUCUGGAUGGUAAGUGCUAGCGAUAUUAAUAUUAUAAAUAGGGCUAGGAUUUAUAUGCAUUGGUAUGUUUUUUUUUGAAACAUUUUAUCUUAUCUUAUCAAAGGUUUUGUACGAUUAAUAAGUAUACUGGAUAAAAGUAUACCCAUAAAAGUUAGUAUGUGUUUAACAGUUUUGACGUGUUAGGUGUAGUUAUCUAUUUUGAAAUUAGAAAAUGCCUCACUUUCAUUCAACGAGGGUUUAGAGAUUGUUGAAAACCAAAUUUAAACUUUGACAAAACAAAGGAACAAUUGAAAAGGUCAAAGAAAAAUUUUAAAAUGUGUUGGAAAAAAUCAAUGUUUAUAUUAUGUAAUAUUUUAAAUGGAAAUAAUCUGGAUGAAGAUUUCUCAAAUAUAAUUUCUGGGAAAGUAACACAAAUUAAAUACCCGAAAAUUAUGUCAUGUGAUGUCAAAUGAAGUUUCAUUUUAGAAAAUUCAAAACAUCAUGUAAUACAUUUGAUUAACAUUAAUAAUUGUAAAAUUUUUUUUUCAUUUAAUAAUAUUUUUAUUGGUUUAUUUUUGCAUAUUUUUAAUAAACCAAAUACAUAGUUCAUAAUUUUUUAUUGCAUAUAAAUCCUAGGUCUAAUUAUAAACUUUAAUUGCACGUAUUAUUAUUAUUAUACUAUUAUUAAAUUGUUGUAAUAUGUAUUUGUUAUAUAGGAACUAUUUGAACUUUAUGACCGAAGAACUGACAAACCCCUACGUGUAAGUAUAUAAUAAUAUUGUACAAAACCUAUCAGGAUAUAAUAUGAGGGUAACAAAUUAUAUAAAAUACUAAAAAUUAUUAUUGUCUGUUCAUCAGCAACCUUCCAAGAGCCAUUUACAUAUCCAUGCCUCUGGUGACCAUUAUUUAUGUUUUGGCCAACAUCGCAUACCUGGCUGUUCUGACCCCACACGACAUGAUAACAACCAAAGCCAUCGCUGUUGUGAGUAUUAUUCACGUGUUAUUUAUUGUUUCAGAAAAAACUUGUUUAAUCUCAGAACUAAAGCAAUUGUUCAAAGUAACAAAUUACAAAUAUAAUAUUAAUUUUUGUAAUUUAGGCUCUGGAACAAUGUCUUAAUAAAUAAUAGAAACGGUUAGGAAUCUCGAACAAUUGUUUCAAAUAAAAUACUAACAGGUAGAAAAUCAGUAUCUUUUAAAGAAUAAGAUGUGAAAGUUUAAUAAUAUAGAUUCCAACUAUCCAAAAUAAAAAAACCUACAUCUUGAAUCAAACUCACUACACUCAUAAUCAUAAAAGUGAAGUGAUAAAAAAAAUGAAAAUAUUUAAAGAAGAUCAUCAUUGACAAACCUCAAUCAACUUUUUAUUCAGAUGAUUGUUUUUUGAACAAUUUAUUGUGCAAUGAGUAAUGAAAGAAACUAUGAGAAUUAUCGCUGGGUGACUAAACAGCGGAUAUUUGACAAAAUGUUUAACAAAAUAUUAACAAACAAAAAUACUUUUAAGAGUUGUAUAUUUACAGACUAAUGUGAGUAAUAUUUUUGUUUAGACUUUUGGACACUUGGCAAUGGGUUCUUUCGAAUGGAUAAUGCCCCUGACAGUCGCUCUGUCUGCGUUUGGUGGUCUGUGUGUUCACGUUAUGACUUCGUCCAGGUAUGCCGCAAUUAAAUAAUAAUAUGGAUAUAUGGUAAUGAGCAUAAAAGUUUACCAACAACUAUUUUUAAUCAUACUCGAUAGUUAACAAUAAAUAUAUAAGAUUAUAAGUCAAUUAGAAAAUUAUAAAUAACUUCCCAAAGCCAAAAAUUAAAUAAUAAUAUCAAUAAACUUUUCAUUAACAAUAUUUUUGUGUUUUUUAUUUUAGAAUGUGCUUUGUUGGUGCACGUUACGGUCACUUCCCGACCUUUUUGUCGCAUAUAAAUAUAGACAGAUACACACCAACCCCAUCUCUAGUAUUUUUGGUAAGAUAUUAUUUUUGUACCUACUUAUAAUAUUGAUAAAUAAAUUAAUAAUAUAUUGGCUUUUCAGAACAUUUUAUCUCUACUUAUGCUCUUCACCAGUGAUGUAGACAUGCUUAUAACAUAUUCAAGUUUUGUUGAAGCUUUCUUCACAAUGUUAUCAGUGUCUUCAGUGUUAUGGAGCCGAUGGAAACGUCCAAACAUUAACAGACCAAUCAAGGUACAAUAACUUUAAUAGCAUUAAUAAAAUAAUAUAAUAUAUUUGUUAUUUGUUUUAAACAACCAACAGGUAUCCCUGUGGAUCCCUAUCACGUAUGUCAUAGUAUCAUUGUUUUUGAUUGUAUUACCGUGUUAUGUACGACCUCAUGAAGUAGGCAUGGGCGUUGGCAUCACCUUAUUGGGCAUUCCAGUUUACUAUUCGUGUGUCGUUUGGAAUACCAAACCUGUAUGGUUCCAAAACAUAUUAAGUAAGGCUAGCAAACUGGUAUACAGUUCCAAAUUAUUUAAUUUUGCUUUUAUUUUUUUUUCACCAGAACAUAUUACCUGGACUAUACAAAAAUUAUUUGUCACUGCUAAAGAAGAGAAAGCAGAGGAAAUUUGGGAAUAGUGGUCCAUUAUACCAGUAACACUGUAGCUUGGUUUUCUUAAUUUGAUGAUUUGCUUUAUCAAUCUUUUUUUUCUUUCAAUUAUUUUAAGUGCUCAACAAUAUUUUCAAUGAAAAUAUUCAACUUUUGCCUGCCCUAUUCAUCAUAAUUAUUGCAUAAGUAAUUAACUUACAAAUCUCAUUGUUUUUUUUAAAAAAAAAUUUAAAUUAUAAUUGUAUGGCAGUUUUUUAUCACUUGCCAGAAAAAUUUACAAUUGUUCUUUAAUCGUUUUUUUUUUCAAUCAGUAUUACAAUACAUACAUAUAAAAUAUGUUUAAUUAAACAUUAUAUUUUAUAAAAUGUCUGUCUCACAAAGAUCUAUUUUUAAGUAAAAAUAAUUUUAUAUUCUAUCACUUUAAAAUGGUACAUCGCAUGCUCAUGAAAUAUUUGUAAUACUUAUACAUUAAAAAUAUAUUUUACUUUUAACUUGAUUCAUUACUUUAAGAAACCAUACUGCUGUUUAGACACGUUACUAGAUAUGUCUUGAAUAAGUGUUUCUUCGAGGGCUUUAUUUAAUACAAUACCAGUAUGCGAACCAGACUGAAAAUAAAAAUAUAUUUUGAUUAUAAUAAUAACUAUGUAUAGUACACAAAUUUAAAAAAAUGUUCUGCACUCACCAAGAUAAUCUCAUUUAACGUAUCUGGCAUAAAACUACCAGCUCCUUUUUUUAGUACAGCUGUCACAUUUCCUUUAGGCGUGACUGAUACAACUAUACAUCCAGCACCACAUAUUUCUUCCUCGAUAGUAGGAUCAACAACGUAAUUGUUACCAAUCUUGCAUAAAGACACCAAUACAGGUAAGUGCCUGGCGUCCAAAGGUUUUGUAUCAAACGGAUCGUCAGAUAUUUGAAGAUCAAUAUUAUUACCAUCUUCAUAAGUCCCCACAAUGUUUGGCAGACUUGUAUUACACAGAGCAGCUUUAGCAGCCAAUGAAACUGCAUCAAAUAGAUUUCCUUUAAAAGA